GACUUUCCAAAAAUUCUUGAAAUCGUACAUGUUUUUGUUGACAAUCUGCGUUGUGGCAUUAUAGAAAACGCAAAAAUCCAAAGUAUUGUAAAAAAUGCCAGCAAUUGUUUAGUUUUGUGAAUAAAGUCAACUUUGUGGCAGUUUGUGUACAGGUUUAUCAACCAAGCAACGACUAGAAGCAAAAAACUGGAGUAAAAAGAAGAAUUCUUCGUCUGCUUGUGUGAAAGCUAGCUCUCCAGGAAGCAUCAAAAUUCGGGGUAUUUAGCUGAAACCAUUUGUUAUUCUUGUUCGCAAGUGUCGUGUAUUGUACUACAGUUAAUUCUUGGGCGCACCUUCUAGUAUGCCUGUGGUCUAUCCGAGAAAAAUGCUGUCCCGUUUUCAUCCCUAUCAUGGUCAAAACAUUAUUCUUUUCGAUGAAAACACUGUCGCAUAUCGGAAGGCCAGCUUUGGGAAUGCGCUAACAUUCAGCGAGAAACCACUUCAACCAGGAGAAAUAUUUCUACUGGAAAUCGAAAAAAACGAACGUGGCUGGAGUGGCCACAUGAGGCUAGGUUUAACUCAGCUGGAAAUCCAGCCGGCGUCAACUCUGCAGUACGCGCUACCGGACCUUGCCAAUCUUGGUUCUAGUUGGGUGUUUCCUAUAACACGAUCCGUUGGAAACGCUACUUCUAAAAGCAGCAUUCUUGGCGAUGGAAUCAACGUAAAAACAUCGCGCGGUGUUUUUCCUCGAAGUUUGUUACGACCAAUAUCCCAGGAUGGUGCCAGUGCCGACAUUUUACCGACAGACACUAAUUCUCGUAUCGGAAUCGUCUUCGUGCCAACGCCAGAAGAAACGGAUAAGGCAGAGAUGCACUUCAUCAUCAACGGCGAAGACCAGGGUCCUUGUACGCAGGACAUUCCGUACACCAAGGGUGCGUUACAUGUGGUAAUUGAUGUGUAUGGUACAACUAAACAAGUCAAGAUUAUACAAUUAUAUAGUAUAUCGACGCUUCAGAGCGCUUGUCGGGAUGCAAUUUUAUCCCGGAUAUCGAAAUCGGCAAUCCGGCAUCUCCCACUGCCGGAGAGUCUGAAAGAUUAUUUACUGCAGUACGGAUCGUAAAUCUGGAUAGUUAAUCUACUUUGUAUUUAGUUCUCGGGAGACUGUAAAUUCUGUGUUUACUUCCAUUAUAAAAAAGUACAUCUCUUUUCUGUCGAAAAAGUGUGGUGCGUGGGUAACGACCGGUGAUUCCAUUGCGUGGACAUUCCCACCAGAAAAGUGGGCCGUGCCCAACAGAAACCGCUUCAACCGAAUGGUUCACCGUAUAUUGCCUAUAUUCAGUAGAGUGUGUUGCCCUGAAUGUUAAAAAGCUAUUCCACUUUGUUAUUGCUUUCUAAUGCAGCGUGCAAGGACAAAAGCAAUCUGCUGAAGCACCUUUUUCUCGAGAAUGAUAGUUCAUAGGAUAGGUUUGUGAUAUGGAUGAGUCCAACAGGGUUAUCAUUGGAUUUUUCUUUGCUUGUUGCUGACAUUAAUCUAAAAAAAAUAUUCAAUACGCAUUGUAAAGCAUAAAAAUAGGAAUAUAUAAAAAAAACUU